UCCCUGCUUACACCAAACGCAUUGUUUUACUUUUACCAUUACAUUUGAGAAAGAAUUUAGAGAGAAAAUGGCUUCCAUUGAAGAGGGACAGGUGAUUGGCUGCCACUCCGUCGACGAGUGGAAGGACCUUUUCCAGAAGGGCGCCGACUCCAAGAAACUGGUGGUGGUGGAUUUCACGGCUUCAUGGUGCGGGCCGUGUCGCUUCAUUGCUCCGAUUCUGGCGGAGAUAGCCAAGAAGACGCCCCAUGUUAUAUUCUUGAAGGUGGAUGUUGAUGAGCUGAAGAGUGUGUCUCAGGAGCACAACAUCGAGGCGAUGCCAUCGUUUUUGUUCUUCAAGGAGGGGAAGGAGAUUGACAGGGUUGUGGGUGCUAGGAAGGAGGAUCUUGCAGCUAAGAUUGCCCAACAUGGUGCUCCUCUUACUGCCUCUGCUUGAUCACCAUCAUUGUAUCUAGUUUUAUGUUGUUGCGCUCAAAGCUUGUAAUAAUUGACUCUUGCGUGUGUCAUGGAUGUAUGCUCUGUUUUUUAUGAAUCUUUCAUGAUAAUGUAACAGACUAUCUUGUCUUU